AUGUCUGUGCGUUCCACUCUGAAAUCUCCUACUGAGUCAUCUAUGCGAUCGUCGUUUUACAUCUGGCUAUCGCGAGGUUCUUUGUCUUGGAUUAAUCCUGGUAGGAAUCCACAGCAUACCGCUCAAUUGAUACCAACUGUUUUAAAGAAAUCAUUUAACUCACAAGCAACUUCGACCACUAGUUUUAAGGACACGAAUCCCCAGGGCGUAACAAAGAGCUCCACUACUUUGCCUGGACAAGAAUCACUAGGCAGCAACAGCGGAUUGCAUAUUUUGGGCAACGCAUGUUACAUCAAUUGCAUCUUGCAAUGUUUUUAUGUGUUACCCGCAGUCGCCACAGCAAUCUCUGCAAUAGAUUCCAAUAUGGCAAUGGGUAAAAGUCUUGUAAGUAUUCUACGCAAAUUAUCCUCCUCCAAGCUAGAUGCCCUAGAGAUUCUUGAGUAUCUCACACCAGAGCUGUCCUUAGCCUUUCCUUUCUUUAGGAUGAUCAAAAAGAUAAUGGAUAGCGGUUGUACUGAAACAAACACCUAUGAAUGUGAAAACAUGAGGAUUGGUAAUUUCACUCGCUUGGGAUCUGAUAACUUUUUGGAGAGCGAAGAAUUGUCAGGUGUCAACUCGUACUUUUGUCACUACUGCAAUAGUUACCAAACUGCAACAGUUGAAAAAGAGGUCGCAGAGUGCAGUUUAAUUUUGGUUCUGCAAUUAAAGCGCUUUGCCAAUAACAAAGGUGGUGUGUCUAAGGUUUGUUCUUCUGUCACAUCUUACCCGGGCACUGUUUCUAUACCUAUCACUAUAGACAGUGAAGUCUCUUGUCGCAAGCACUACAAGUUAAGGGCUGCAAUUAACCACUCUGGAAAUUUGAACAAUGGCCAUUACACUACUGUUGCUUAUAACGAAGUGCAUGGAGCAAAACUUCUAGUAUUUAAAUUUUAA